AUGACCGCAAAUAAAAUGCAAUUAAUUAUACUUUUUAAACAAGAAAAUACCACGUCAGUAAGAAGAAGAGUCAUCGAAUUAGCGGAACAACAAAAUGAUCUUGAAACAUAUAAGACGCUAAAUGAUGAUUUCACAAAAAGACUAGAAGAUGUAAAUCGAUAUCAAGAUGGAAAAGAAGUCGGAGACAAAAUGCCGAUCUUGGAAUCACCUCACGCCCCGUCUCGCAAGCCUGUCUUGGUUGAGACAAACGAGAAUGAGCACGACGAGAAUAAUAUGGAAUCGGAAGAAGAAGCAGAAAAAGAAGAAGAGACGAGCGUAAAACAAGAAUCAGUAAAGAUUACGCCAAAUGCGGGUUGGGAGAAAGAUUGAAAUAAUUAACGUUAAACGUGAGACCGUUGGGAAUCAUCUAUCAUGAUAGUUAUAGCAUAGGUUUAGUUUUAUUACAAUUUUCAACCUUUUCCCUACGUUAAAUAGUUUGAAAGCUUAGUUAGGUUUCUUUUAAAUUUAAUUUUUUGAUCAUGGGAGGGAGUAAGUAUUUAUUUUAUUUUUGUAAUGUUUUUUUAUUAAAUAGAUUAAACUCUGUUAUAGGGUUAUCACGUGUUUGACACGGUUAGCUCUAAGUAUCUUGUUAUUAAGGAUACAUUAUUUAUUAAAUCCUAAUAAAGAUGCG